AUGGACCAUACAGUGUUUGAGGAGUGGCUGAAAUCAUCUAUCCCAUCGAUGAAAGAAUUCGCGGGAGGAAGGAAUGUGACUCUAGUGCUCGAUAAUGCACCUUAUCAUACAAGAGCACUAGAGAAGAUUCCUACCAGAUACUCCACCAAGCGAGAGAUCGUGAACUAUCUCGCCUCGCAUGGCGUCGCAGUGGCUAUAGAUAGCACAAAAGCUUCGCUCUUACAAGAGCUGGACCAUUUCGUCGCCAGUCGAGGCGGCGUCGCAGCAUUACGCUGUUACGCCGCUGAGAGGAUUUGCGAGAGUAUGGGGGUGAGCUUACCUAGGCUCCCCCCAUUCCACUGCUUCUUCAAUACAGUGGAGUCGUGUUGGAGCAACCUCAAACACCGGCUCAACAAGAUGGGAAGACCCACGGACAGGCUGGAAACAGUAACG